AUGAACGAAAUUAUAAUAACAGGAGAUAUCCCACUGAAUGGAUACUACAAUAAUCUAACGCUUUUCAAUGUUACUGUCCUACAAUGCGCAUCAAUUGGAAAUUACGCUUUUCAACAUUGUACUAAUCUCAAAGAAAUCAAAUUUGAUACUGAACUCUCAAAUAUUUCUUUAGGAUGCUUUAAAGAAUGUAGUUCCCUUCAAAAAAUUACGCUUCCUCGAAAUUUGAAAUUUAUAAAUGAUGAAGCAUUUUAUUAUUGCAAUAUGCUUACAGAUAUACACAUACCAGAUACAGUUGAAGAAAUUGGUACAUCAUGUUUUCAAAAUUGCCAAAAUCUAAAUCAAAUUAAUUUUCCUCAAAAUCUUAAAAUAAUAAAAGAAAAUGCUUUUAAUAGUACAGGAUUGCUUUCUCUAUCAUUUCCAAACAGUCUAAUUGCGAUCGGAAGUUAUGCAUUUACAAAUUGUUAUUUUAUACACGAAACAACUUUUAAUGACAACUUAAUUGAACUUCCUGAGUCAUGUUUUGAAAACUCAUUCAAUAUGAUUGCUUUAAAUCUUCCAGAAAAUCUUAGAGUUAUCAGACAAAAUUGCUUCAGAAAUUGUUCAAUUAAAUCGAUUAAUUUUAAAACUAAACUUACAGCUAUUGAAAGUUAUGCAUUUUCUAACUGUGUUCCUUUUAAAGACUUAAAUUUACCAACUUCAUUGGCAUCGAUAGGAGAUUCAUGCUUCAAUAAUUGCGAUGGAAUCGAAAAUUUGAUUAUCCCUUCCAAUUUGGUUGUUAGAGGAAAUCAAAGUUUUUCAAAUAUUUUAAAUCUAAGUAGAGUCACAUUCCAGAGUGGCAUCGACAUAAUUUUUAAAGAAGAAUUUGCAAACUGCACAAAUCUUAAAGAUAUUGAGUUGCCUUCAUCAUUAACUACAGUUCGUGAGAAAGUUUUUUUCAAUACAGGUUUAAUUUCUGUAAAUCUCCCAGCAAAUGCAAUAAAUUUUGGUUCAUCAGUCUUUAAAAAUUGCUAUAAAUUGAAUCAAGUAACAUUCAGUCCAGAAACAAAGAAUUUCUCAGAAUCAUGCUUUGAAAAUACAAUUAUUACAGGUGUUUUAAAUCUUCCUCAUGGUUUGGAAACAGUUUCAAAGAGUUGUUUUAGAAAUACUUCUAUUUCAUCCAUUAAAUUCCCUACAACUUUAUCUCUUAUUUAUGAAUAUGCUUUUUAUAACUGUUCAAAAUUGGCCAUAUUGACUUUUCCUAAUAUAAUAAUAUCAAUGGGGCCAUAUUGUUUUGCAGGAUAUAAUCUUAUAGAAGAGCUGAUUAUACCAUCUUCUUUCGAUUCUGGCAGAUAUUUUAAUUAUUAUUAUGGUUAUUAUUAUUAUGAAGGCAAAUACUAUAGCUCUUAUUAUUGGAGCCGCUAUUCCUGCAGAUAUCAUUGUUUUGAUGGAAAUAGAAAUCUUAAAAAAGUAGAGUUUGAAGAGGGAAUUACUUUUAUCUCUGAUUGUGAAUUUUCAAACUGUAUUAGCCUCAUAGAUGUAAAGCUACCUCAAUCUCUUUCUUCAAUUGGAGGAUUUACUUUUAAUAAUACUGCAAUAACAAAGAUUAUUUUACCCAAAAAAACUCUUUCUUUUGGAUAUGGAGUAUUCGCGAAUUGUUCUUCGUUAAAAGAAUUUAAACUUAGUAAUUUGACAGUAUUACCUGCAUUUUUCUUUCAAAAUUCAUUUAAUUUUUCAACUUUGACACUCCCAUCAACAGUAUAUCAAAUUGAAGUUCACUGUUUUGAAAAUUGCAAAUUAAAAUCUAUUGAAAUUCCAUUAUCGAUACGCUACAUAUAUGAAUUCGCAUUUUCUAAUUGCAUUACUCAAAAUUUAUUAAUAAUUCCUGAUUGCACAAUAUGGAUUUAUGACAAUACUUUCAGUGGAAUAUAUUGCAAUGAAGAAUUUAUUGUCAAAACAAAUAUCAUUAUUGCUGGUAGCAACUGCUUCAAAAAUUGUAGAAACAUAAGAAAAGCUAAAAUUGAAGCUGGAUUUACAAGAGUCCCAUACGGGAUAUUUUGGGAUUGCAUAAAUCUUGAGGAAGUUGAGCUCCCAGAAACAAUCCAAUCGAUCAAAGAUAAUGCAUUUAGGAAUACAAAACUCCGAUCAAUUAUCAUCCCUAGUGCUGUAACUUCAAUUGAUUAUGCUGCAUUUAAAGAUUGCUAUCAAUUGAAAACAGUGUAUAUGACCAAUAAUGUAAAUUUUGUUGGGGCAUCCUGCUUUGAAAAUGAUCAAAAUUUAGACAAUUUAACUCUGACUCAAAGCAUCACUACAAUUUCUGGAUAUUGCUUUAGGAAUUCAUCAAUUCCUUCCUUUAAUUUACCAUCAUCAGUAACAACAAUUAGUAUGCAAGCAUUUGAGUAUUGUAUUACUCCAAAGAGAUUAGUUGUUCCUGAACAAAUAUAUACAAUUGAUUCUUUUGCAUUUCAUGGAUGUAUUAAUCUCAGCUAUAUUGAAAUUCAGGGAUAUACAUAUUUGGCAUACUCAGUAUUCCUUGAAUGCUUAAACUUAACAGAACUUGUAAUACCAAAUAAAGUUCAAAUUGGUUAUGAUUGCUUCAAAUAUUGUACGAACCUUCGAUCAGUUAAUAUGAGUAGAACAUAUUCAUUCGAUUAUUCCUAUAUUGAAUCAAAUGCUUUUCAGAACUGUACAAACUUAGAGUAUUUCGAUAUGCCAGAUGUUAAAUACAUUGGUGAUAUGGCAUUUAUGAACUGUGAAAAUAUUUGCAGUAUUAAAAUUCCAGGUUAUACAAUUCUUUGGGAUUCAUGUUUUGAAAACUGCAUUAGGUUAAUAUAUCUCUAUCUGGGAGAUUUAAUUAGUUAUCAUUAUCAUUGCUUUUAUAAUUGUAAUAGAAUUAAAUAUGUUUUCAUAGAUUCAAGUUUUGCAUAUGAUGCAAUAGAUCCAAUAUUUUUACAUAAGGUUUCCAUAAUAGUAUCAAUGGCUUCAGAAAAUGAAUACGAUGACAUUUGUGAAAGAUUAUCUUCAUAUGCGAAAAGAUAUUAUAUGAUAGGAUUGGAAUCAGAAUACUUUAGUGAAACUUGUUCAAUUCCAAUCCUUCCACCUCCAAAUUUAUCCUCUCUACAAUGCCCGAAAACUUUUCCAGCAUCUCCAUCAUUUGGUUACGAUAGAUCUUUUCACCGGCAUCACUUUGAAAUGUUUUGUUUAGGUUUGUUUUAA